GGGGCGGGGUCACAGCGCUGCUCGCACAGCCGCACAUUCAACCCCAGUUAGCCCCGCCCCCUACUCUUCGGGUCCGCGCAUUGCGCGCCCCCGCCGGACAGGGAAGCCGCCUGUGGCGUUGCCGCUUUAAGCUCAGGAUCAGCCCCAGAGACGCCACAUCCGGGCACUGCCCGCCGGGCUCAGGGGAGGGGGAACCGGGAGAGAGUCGGGAGAGACACCGGCACCCAGCUGAAAGAUGUUGAGCUUUUUUCGGCGCACGCUGGGGCGCCGCUCCAUGCGACGGCAUGCAGAGAAGGAGCGACUACGGGAAGCCCAGAGGGCCACCACUCACAUUCCGGCCGCCGGAGACACAAGGUCCAUAGUCACGUGCAGAGUCUCCCUGCUGGAUGGGAGCGACGUCAGCGUGGAUUUACCAAAGAAAGCCGAGGGCCAGGAGCUGUUUGAUCAGAUAAUGUACCAUCUGGAUCUGAUAGAGAAGGAUUACUUUGGGCUGCAGUUCAUGGAUUCGGCGCAAGUUCCACACUGGUUGGAUAACACUAAAAGUAUCAAAAAACAAGUGAAAAUUGGGCCGCCCUACUGCCUGCACUUGCGGGUGAAGUUCUACUCUUCAGAACCCAAUAACCUUAGAGAGGAGCUGACCCGGUAUCUCUUUGUGCUGCAACUGAAACAGGACAUUCUCAGUGGCAAGCUGGAAUGCCCCUUCGAUACGGCCGUGCAGUUGGCAGCUUACUCUUUGCAAGGGGAGCUGGGAGACUUUGACCCCACAGAACACACCCCAGAUUUGGUGUCGGAGUUUCGCUUUAUUCCCACCCAGUCGGAGGAGUUUGAAUUUGCAGUUCUGGCAAAGUGGAAGGAUUUCAGGGGACAGACCCCAGCAGAGGCUGAGACCAACUACCUGAACAAAGCCAAGUGGCUGGAGAUGUAUGGGGUGGAUAUGCACAUAGUGAAGGCUCGCGAUGGCAACGACUAUCAGCUCGGCCUCACCCCGACCGGCGUCCUGGUAUUUGAAGGGGAAACAAAGAUUGGUUUAUUCUUCUGGCCCAAAAUCACACGAUUGGAUUUCAAGAAGAGCAAGCUGACGUUGGUGGUAGUAGAAGAUGAUGAGCAGGGCAAGGAGCAGGAACACACCUUUGUGUUCAAAAUGGAUCACCCCAAGGCGUGCAAGCACCUAUGGAAAUGCGCCGUGGAACACCACGCCUUCUUCCGCCUCCGCUCCCCCACCCAGAAAAACUCCAGCCGCUCUGGGUUCAUACGGUUGGGGUCGCGCUUCAGAUACAGCGGCAAAACUGAAUAUCAAACCACAAAGAGCAGCAAACCGCGCCGCUCCUCCUCGUUUGAGCGCAGACCCAGCAAGCGCUACUCCCGCCGCACCCUGCAGAUGAGAGGUCAAGCCCAGAGGCCGGAUUUUACACGAUCACAGAGGGAUCAGCCAGGCCAGACCAAUGGAUCACAGCAGGCUUGGCCGCCCAACCCCAGCGUCUCGCCCUCGGGAGCUGCCCUACUGGAGAUACAGAACCUGACCCGAAGCCCCGGAGCAGGACAGGGAGACCGAUGCUUUGUUGGAUUAGCCAAUAGCAAGGACUUGCUGGAGAGCAGCCUCGAUGAUGUCAUGACUGUGUCUCAGGGCCCCGCCCCUCUGCUUGAUGAGGUCACCGUGGCCUUCGCCAAUCCGGACGAGACCGCGUUGCCGCCAAGCAAACCUGCCCCAGGGACUGAGGAUGCGACAGUGAAACGGAAUAAUCUGGAAGCCGACACUGUGACCGCACACCCUAUCUGGGCCUUGAAUAUCAAUGUGAAUACACAGGAUCAGACUGUGAAGCUGCCGGAGAAGUUGCUCAAUAACUCAGUAGAAGCCGGGGGCCCCCCAGUCUGGCUCACUACCGACAUAAAGAGCAACAUCUUAAAGGCGCAGGUGGAGGCGGGACACAAGAUCACAAGGGAAGAUCUGGAGUUGGACGACAAGAAUACAACACAAGAAGAAUCAUCUGCCAGGAGCGGCGCUGUAAAGGUUAAUAACAUCCUGUCGUCUCCGCUAAACCGAGAGCCGUCGCCCUUCUGGGACUCCCAGGACCCCACAGCCAAUGUCUUCAUCAAAAAUGUUCUGAGCAGCGAAACAUCUGGAAGGGAAUUCCCGGAGAUCCCCCCGGUCCAAACGCCCCCCGAGGAGGUGCCCGACGUUAAGAGUCCGACCGAGGAUCUGGACAACCUCAUCGCGUCUCUGACAGAAAAUCUGAUCGACCUGACCGACAUCCCCCCAAAGGUGCCCUCUUACACCUCUGUCACCCCCCGGUGGUUAGUACCACAGAGCUCUGUUGUGUCAAAUGGGCUUCUGGGAGGUGAGAUGGCGACGGGCUCCGCCCCAGAGAGGCUUCCGGCUCCCAGCGACUCCCCGGAUACAGCGACCCCCGCAGGUGGUGCAAGCACCGGGGAUCCUGGGGGGCUUCCGAGGCCAAAAUGCCUGCUGACCACUGAGCUGUGAGUCCCACAGCGAGACCUCGGCACACACUGGAAAUCCAACAGACCCAAUAAAGAGACCUCUGGACCCACGGGCUGCUGUACUGACUGAUCCUGCCGGAAGGAGCCCCAGAGGUUCCAUGGGCCCUGGGCAAGGGGCCGAGGCAACGUUGUUUCUUACACUGGAAUAUUUCCCUACCGGGCCCCGUCGGACAUUUCCAAAGAUUUCAUCACAUUCCACUAAAGAGACUGAACUGCCUUAUACCGUUAGCGGGUCACUCGCCCUGAAUUUAUACUCUAUGGAACAUUCCAGCAACGAGAUGGUACAUCCUGCCCCUCCCCCACUGGGGAUAUGUCUUUAAUUCACUGUCACUUCCACCCCUUUAUGUUUAUCAGAACCAAGAAUAUUGUAGAUUGAA